CGAAAUAAUUUAUAUAGCAAUUCUUUAUAAGCUGAAGUUGGGGCAAUCCGUUACGACGAUUCCAACAGUAGGAUUUAACGUUGAGACUGUAACCUACAAAAAUGUUAAAUUCAAUGUUUGGGAUGUGGGUGGCCAGGAUAAAAUUCGACCUCUUUGGCGACAUUACUAUACAGGUACACAGGGGUUGAUAUUUGUUGUUGAUUGCGCUGAUCGGGAUCGGAUAGAUGAAGCACGAACGGAACUUCAUAGAAUAAUUAAUGAUAGAGAAAUGAGAGACGCCAUUAUUCUGAUAUUUGCAAAUAAGCAGGAUCUAGCAGACGCAAUGAAACCACAUGAAAUUCAGGAGAAACUAGGCUUAACUAGAAUAAGGGAUCGGAAUUGGUAUGUUCAACCAUCGUGUGCAACCACAGGAGAUGGGCUUUAUGAAGGUUUAACAUGGCUUACUUCCAAUCAUAAAUUAUGAAAUAUCUUAAACAUUAAUUAGAUAAUUCUAUAUAAGAUACACAUGCUUACCA